ACAGCAGGUAGGAUAAAGAAUGAAAAGGCGCAUCGAGUGCACGUUCCGGGAAAAGACGACAAAAAGGACUACUUCUUUGGGAAUACCGUUAUAAUUUAUGUUAACGGUUUUGCGCGAGAGAUGGCCAUCACUCAAGAGACUAUUUUGAACUUUUUGCUGGAGCAAGGGGGCAAAGUGAAGAACGCGGAGUUGUUGAGUAAGUUUAAAGAGGCACUCAGCUGCAGCGAUCCCGUGGAAAAGAAACAAAACAGAGACCUUUUCAAGAGCUGUGUAAAUAAUAUUGCUGUCGUUAAAGUAAUAGACGAAGUUAAGUAUGUUGUUGUGAAGAAAAAGUAUCAAGGAUUGGCUCGAAGUAGUUCUAUAAUCGCGCCAAAAAACGAGUUCGAGGAUAGUUUAAGCCGCUUUAGUUCUUCUGUCUUGUCCAGUUCCCCUGAACGCUCGAGCGCCUUUAAACAUGGCACGGAUAAAACCAAAUGUGCCAAGUCUGUCAUAGAAAACAAUAAUAAUUCUUAUUUCACCUCCAAUAAUAACGAGCUCGUUCGGGGCUGUAAUACUGAUGAUGACCUCCGAAACGAACCCGCAUCAAAGGGAUGCUGUAACUCAGAUUACAAACCACAACAGAUGUCCUCGCGCAACGAAAACUCAAGCGUGCUGAAGGACACUAAACCGAGAAAAACAGGUGCUGUGUUUGCCAUUAUCGCUGUAAAAUCGCCACCAGACUCACCGAGUCAUCACCAACAAGAACAGUUCCACUCUGGGGGUCUGGCACAGGAGCCCGCAUCGCCACAGCACUUACAGGCAAUCAGGAUUACUCAUCUUUCCAAAUCAGACUCCUCACCCAGACACCAGAAACCAGACAAUGAGUCAGACAAGGACGACUCCCCAGAAACCAAACGCAGGCAACUGGAAACAAAAGUGGUCCACCCAGCACCUCAACAACACGCAGCCCAACUAAAGAGCUUCAACAAGACCUCUAAAGCCAGCCAUGAGACCAAAUGCUCCGAGGGAGUCCCCUUGGAGCUGGCAGAGCACGAGUGGCUCGUAAAAUCAGCCGCGGGCCACUGGGACCAGGUUUACGGGCUCCUCCUCCAGGACGCCCAGCUUGCCGACAAGAGAGACUUCGUCUCGGGCUUCUCGGCCCUGCACUGGGCCGCCAAAGCCGGACACAAGGACAUGGUGCGCAAGAUCCUGGACCUGUCGGCUGACAGAGGGGUGGAGGUGGACGUGAACGCCCGGACGCACGCCGGCUACACUCCCUUGCACAUCGCCGCCAUCCACGGCCGGAGCUCGGUCAUGACACUGCUGGUGCGAGACUACUGCGCCGACACCAGCGUCCGGGACCACAGUGGCAAGAAGCCCUUCCACUACCUGGAGCAAAGGACCAGUCUGGAGCUAAGGCAGUUACUCGGAGAUCCUCACGCAGGGCAGCAGCAGCAGCAGCAGGAGGGGAUCAUGGCAGGCGACAAGUCAGAGGACGAACAUCAACAACACACCUUCCCAGACCUCCACAAGGGCUUCAACACCUUCAGUAAGCUUUUUCAGCCACACCUGGGGGGCCACAGGAAGAAGCAUCGACGCCACAGGCCCAGCUUCCACACUUUGUCAGUGGGGCCGGAGGAGGAGAAGGGGGGGAGGACUCGGGAGACGAGCGCAGGGAACACCACCACCACCACCACCUCUCCCGCAGACUCUCAGAGAUGUUCCACUGACACAUGCUCCACACUACUAGAUUGGGCACACACAGAACAAAUAAGCUGAUUACUGAAAGUUAAUUGAAAGUGGAAGCCUACCUGGGAAACCCCAUUGUCAUUGUGACACAGCACUCCACAGCACACAAGUACACACCGCACACAACAAAAUUGCAUUUGCGCCUCAUCCGAGCAAGAGGGCCCAGUGGCACCCCAAGGGAGCAGUAAGG